AUGGCGGACCGCGUCCACCCCGCGCCGCUGCUGCCACUCUCCAUCCCACCUGCCCCGCCAACUGACAACAGCGUCGCGGCCGCGGAGACAGCGCCGCUGCGCUCCACAGCGGCGGCGCCGGGCGCGUCGUACGUCGUGCAUGUGCCCAAGGACCAGGCGCUCCGGGUCCCGCCCCCGGACCGCAAGCUCGCCGCGCGGCCGGCCCGGCGCCGCAUGCUCCGCCGCGCCUGCUGCGGCGCGUGCUGCGCGCUCCUCCUCCUGCUCGUCCUCGCCGCGGCGUUCGUCGGCGCCGCCUACCUCGUCUUCCGCCCCAGGGCGCCCUCCUUCUCCGUCACGUCCCUCUCCGUCGCCGGCCUCCUCGACCCAUCCCCCGCGCAGCUCGACGCCGCCGUGCGCGCGGACAACGGCGCCAACAGGAAGGUCGGCGUGGACUACCUCGGCGGCGGCGAGGUCAGCGUCUCCUACUCCGGCGUCCUCCUCGCGACGGGCCGCUGGUCGGCCUUCUACCAGGCGCCGAGGAACGUGACGCUGAUCUCGAUGCCACUCUCCGGGAGGGACGGCGUGGGUGUGGCCCUCACGGACGAUCAGAGGGGGCGGCUGGCGGAGCAGGCCGCUGCGGGCGCCGUGCCGCUGACGGUGGAGGCGCGGGUGCCGGUGCGGGUGAGGCUCGGGAAGGUGCUGCGGACGUGGACCGUGGACGUGUGGGCGCGGUGCGAGGUCACGGUGGACAGGAUCGACGGCGAGACGACGGCCGCCAACAGGGGGUGCAGGGUCAAGGCCAAGCCGCUCUGGUGGUGGUGGUGAUCGCCGGGGCGGCGUGAACACCAUGCACGGAGGAUCUUUGAUAAGAUCACGGGGUGCAUGCAAAUAGUACAAUCAACGAGCAGCAGAGCAUUCUGAUCAGUUGUAGAUGCACGUAUGCUACCUCGAAGUUGUAGACGAAAACUAAAUCAAAUCCUGAACUUCGA